AGUUGCAGAAAGCCAAGGGUUGCGCUCUUACUUUGGCGGCAUAUAUAAAUAGGGAUAUUCUGGCAUUCUCCAAAUCUUCAUUCCUUGACAGUGUUCUACCCCAUCAACCUUCCAAAACAACACAGUUCCUGGCAACAGGUGUUAUUAUCAGAAGGAUAAUAUGCAGUUUCCAGUGAAAAUGAGGUACUUCUUUUCAAUCUCUUGUAUUUUCCUCAUUUUAGCGGCAUUAGCGAAUACGGCCCCAGCAUAUGGAGAUAUAGACAAUAACAUCCGGGAUCUCCUGGACGCACUUUACCAACGUGAUAUGCUCUACGACAGGUUCAACGGCGUGCAUCAGGUGGUAAGAAAAGCAGGCAGAUCCCCGUCGCUGAGGUUGCGCUUCGGGCGCCGAUCCGACCCUGAACUUUCGCCCGGAGAGGCUUUCCUAAUGGCUCAACAAGCUGAAGAAAACUAAUAGAGCUAAAUGUCUGGAUGAAAUCGCAUUAUUUUUGUCAAAAAGUUUUCUGAAUUCGAUUUUUUCAUCAGUCAAUCAUGUAAAUGUUUCUUCUGUUUUGGAAUUAGUCAACAAUAAAGAAAAUUUGGUAUUUCUCAUCGA